UGGCGGUAGUUUUCACCAAAAGUUGCUUGCCAACCACCGUUAACGCGAAGAAGAGCAGGUAAGGAAGCCGCCGCCGACGAAGAAGAAGAAGUGGUCGAAGUAGAGGAAGAAACCAACAACACAGGCUUCUAAACAGCUCAUCGUUUCAGACUGUCGAAGCUCAUCGUGAAAUAUGGACCAAUACAGCCAAAGUGACAUUUUGCAGCAAAUACUUAAUAUGAAUUUAGUGCCGAGAAAAAAUGGCACCCACCGAUACAACGACACUUCUCUUGCUGAUUUCUCAGAAAUGUGGUAUGGAGUUUUUCUGUGGGCAGCAGUCUCCUCUCUGAUCUUCCACCUACCUGCAUCUCUACUAUCAUUCGUUGCACUUCGGCAGCACAAAAUGGCCCGAUUGAUGCCCAUUGCCAUCCUCUUAAUGGGCAUCGUCGGACCCGUGGGUGGAGGAGUCCUCACCAGUGCAGCCAUAGCAGGAGUUUACAAGGCAGCAGGGAAGAGGAUGAUCUCCCUGGAGGCUUUAGUUUUUGGGGUGGGGCAGUCCUUCUUGAUCCUUGUUAUUUCCUUCCUGCGAGUGCUUGCCACCCUUUAGCAGCGCCGCCACUCCCUGGCCGGCGCCGGCCUCGUUACUAGUCGCAACUUGCAGUGGCUUGGACCAAUUGAGACGCGUAAGGCCUCGGAUGCGUGAUGUAGAUUGCAAACUCAGGUUAAAAAAUAUCAAGUGUAAGAGCUGAACGACAUAAUAGGGUCCGGUUGGCCGCAAAGCGGUCGAUGCCUACAAUGAAGGGAAUCGCUGUAAGAUUGUUUGCAGUACAACAUCCACUAAUAAGGAAUGUGUUUGUGUCUUACAAAAUGGACACAUCACAUCGAGCUCUUCUACGGUCAUUUUGGUCUUUGAAAUCUACAUUCUAGAGAGAGAUUUGAAACAUGUUUCAUUCUCAACAGACAUUUAUAAAGCAGAAAAUAAGUGCAUAAGUUCCUUGUAUGUUGGAGGGGAAAACUCAGGGUUACAGAUCAAUAUUUACGAUUUAGGAGUGUAUUAAAAAAAUAAUUUAACCACUUUCCUGUAUGAUCUGAGAGUAGCAGGCUGCCCUCUAUCAGCAGAACUUCAUCUUAGCAGCAGUUAUGGUCUUGAUACUGGUAUUGUUGCCAUGUUCAUUUUGGUUUAGUCAUCAAUAUGGUUGUCUUUUUUUUUUUUUUUAACUCGUGUUAAAUAUGCUUAGCUACAAUGUAGUCUUUAAAAUGUCAUGCAGCAGCACAGUUAUACGAGUGGUAAAUAAAGCAUACUUGACCAGUUGGACUGCUAAAGUUACUUUUCGUAGACUGAAACUACUCAAAGAGUAGCCGGAGAAUGUAAAGUCGCUAGAUUUGUAUUUAUUUUUUUCAAAUGUUUUUCAUAUUGUGUUCAAUGUGUUGCCUAAAUGAUUAAAACAUACUGAGCGCCUAUUUGCGCACGCUAC